AUGCUUCAUUUCACCCUACUUUUACCAAUAUUGGCCGUGCUCACGGCAGCCAUCCCAUUCAAACGUGGAGACUCAAAUGAUCCAAAAGAAUAUCUAGUUUCACCAUUACCAGGAUGGGACGAUUUGCCCUCAGAUUAUGCCAAACCAAUACAAUACGCUGGGCAAUUGGAACUUUUUGCCGAAAACAAUACCGACUACUUUUUCUGGAAAGUUGUUGAUUCUGAAAAGAUAUCAGAAAACAAGAAUCGUACCACUUUUUGGCUUCAAGGGGGUCCUGGUUGCUCCUCACUUCAAGCGGUAUUUGCUGAAAAUGGUCCAUUCAAAUUAAACGAACAAAGAGAUAUUAUCGUAAAUGAAGCCUCAUGGCAUAAGAUUUCCGACAUGGUUUAUGUCGAUCAACCACCCAUGGUUGGAUACAGCGAUGGCGAGUUAAUCCGUAACUUGUACCAAGUUCAGGUUUAUUUUAUGAGGUUCUUGGAAAAGUAUUUUGCAUUGUUUCCAGAUGACCUUGAAAAUGAUAUUUAUAUAGCCGGUGAAUCUUAUGGUGGUCAGUACAUUCCGUACGUUGCCGAUGCAAUACUCAAGAGAAACGACAACCUAACCGAUGGGGAGGCAGAAUACAAAUUGAAAGGAUUGCUUAUUGGUAAUGGGUUGGUAUCACCAGACGAGCAGAGUUUGUCUUACAUCGACUGGUUUAAAGAAAAGUCCUUGAUUAGUGAUUCAAAUCCAAAGUGGGGUGAUAUAAAUGACGCUCAACAAGCAUGUCAAGAUGUCGUCGAUGGCAAAGCAGCAAGUCCAAACGAAAAUUAUGCCUUUUCUUGUCGAUCGAUAUUGCCUAUCAUUUUAGAAGCUACAAAAAAUGACUCAGCCCCAACUGAUGAACAAUGUGUGAAUAUCUACGAUUAUCAACUACGUGACUCAUAUCCAUCUUGCGGUUCAUCUUAUCCACCAGUGUCAGAUAUUACUACACCAUAUCUCAAUAGUACAGAAAUUCAACAUGACUUGAAUGUGGAGAACGCGGUCAAUUUUUCAGAAUGUAGCACUAUUGUGCAAAACUCCUUCACUGCCGCCAAUUCACCACCAGCCAAAGAGCUUUUACCAGGUAUUGUUUCGCAAAUCCCAAUAGUUUUGUAUAAUGGGGAUCUUGACAUUAUAUGUAACACGAAUGGUGUAUUGAAGUACUUGUCAAACUUGACUUGGAAUGGUGCAACCGGGUUUGAUGAUGUCGAUAACAAGAGCGACUGGAUUGUUGAGGACAAGAAAGCUGGAUGGGUUUUGCAAGACAGAGACAUAACUUUUAUAAAUGUUUUCAAUGCCAGUCAUUUGGUACCAUACAAUAAACCAAAAAUGUCAAGAUACUUGUUUGACUUUGUUACCAAUGAGUACACUAAGAACAAUAAAGGGUUUGUCAGUCUGCCAAAAAAAGGACUCAAAGUAAAAGUAUAG